AUGUCGGAGCGAGCGUGCUACAAGUGCAACGAGCCGGGCCAUUUUGCUCGCGAAUGCCCGAAUUCGAAUGGGGAUGACGGCCCCCGGCGCGGUGGCGGCGGCGGAGGUUCGUGCUACCAAUGUGGUGAAUCUGGCCACUUUGCUCGCGAAUGCACGAAGGGAGAUGGUGGCGGCCGCGGCGGCGGAUACGGUGGACGUGGUGGCGGCGGCGGCGGUCGCGAAUGCUACCAAUGCGGACAGUCUGGCCACUUCGCUCGCGAGUGCACUCAGGCUGGAGAUGGAAGCCGCGGUGGUGGCAGCUACGGCGGUGGACGCGGAGGAGGAGGCGGACCUAGGUGCUACAACUGCGGAAAGCCUGGUCACAUCUCUCGCGAAUGCCAGGAGAACGGAAGCGUGCAGGACAAGAAAUGCUACAAGUGCCAAGAAGUCGGCCACAUCUCACGCGAUUGCACGAGCGACUCACAAAAU